UAUGUUGCAGGAAACUAGGGCAAUAUGUAGUCAUACUUGUUGGUUUUGACUUGCCUAGAGUUUGACCUUUGACCUUGACAGCUUCAAGGCGAAAGAGUAAUUACAGUACAUCCUAUCACACAGAUGGAUCAUUAAUAUGUGUCAUCACCUUCAUUUAUUCAUAUCAGCUCACCAGAUAAGAGCAGAAAACGUGUGCGGGUGGAGCCUGGAAGUUGAUCAUCAUCUUUUAGUGACAUGUGACAUACAACGCUCAGCUACAAAUGGUUGUCAGUGAGGGAAUCAAACCUGCAACCCUUCAGCGCCAGACCGUCAGUGACGGCUUGCGCCUGCUGUUGGAGGUGUGGUCAAAGAUGGUGCAAGGUCUGCUCCUUCCAGGUGAACAUCAGCAGAUCUCUAUCAAAGCAGCGUCAGUCAUUAACGUGCUGCUCAGCUAACAGAUACUCAGUCGCCACGCUCGCUCUCGGAGGAUAAUGAAGCUCCAGGUGGGCCUGCUCAUUACUGCUGUGACCUGGGCUGCUGCUAGCCCCUUCAGAGAGACGAGGAACAAGCUACUGCUGAUCUCCUUUGAUGGCUUCAGGUGGGACUACGACCAAGAUGUGGACACACCAAAUAUGGACCGACUGGUGAAGGAGGGCGUGAAGGCCAAAUACAUCACGCCGCCCAUGCUGACCAUGACCUCGCCGUCCCACUUUACCACCAUCACAGGCAGGUGGGUGGAGGACCAUGAAGUCGUCCACAACAUGAUGUUCAACACGCAAACCAACCAGAAGGUUCCUCACAAAAAGACACUGACCCGAUCUGAGUGGUGGGACAACGGACCUUUGCCAUUGUGGAUCACAGCUCAGAACCAGGGCUUGAAAACCGCCUCUUUUUUCUAUCCGGGGGGCGGGGCCAACUACAGCGGACAGGCCGUCAACCGAGCUUUGGUGGAGGAGGCAGGACAUAUUGACGACAACGAGACAGAGUGGCGGCAAAACAUCGACACAGUGAUGAGUUGGUUCUCACAAGAGGACUUUGACCUGGUGACCUUAUACUAUGGUGAACCUGACAAUGUGGGCCACGUCAGGGGGCCAGACCACCUCGACAGAAAGAAGAUCAUUCGCCAGAUUGACCGCACCAUUGGCUACCUGAGCGAGGCCAUCGGUCGCCACCACCUGAGUGACAGCCUGAACGUCAUCAUCACUUCUGACCACGGCAUGACCACGGUCAAAAAGCGCCCUUUGGUGGAUGAGAUUGUCCUCAACAAGUAUGUGAAUUUGUUGAAAUUGGCCAGCUUCGAGAUCCUGGACUAUGGUGGAUUUGGCAUCCUGACACCGAGGCCGGGGAAAGAGCAGGAAGUAUUUGACGCAUUGUCCAAGGCGCCCAACUUGACGGUGUACAGGAAAGACGACAUGCCAAAAAGCUUCCAUCUAGCCAGGAGCCGCCGACUGCCUCCCAUCAUCGUUGUGGCCGAUCUGGGAUUCAACCUGAAUUCUAGAUUCAUCGUCUACGUCAACAAAGGCGACCAUGGAUAUCAUAAUGGCGAGAUGGACAUGAAGAUGAUCUUCAGGGCCUUUGGACCGGACUUCAAGAAGAACUUCCUGUCUGAGCCCUUUGACAGCAUCCACAUCUACCCGCUCAUGUGCCGGCUGCUCAACAUCCAACCAGCUCCACACAACGGAUCACUGCAGGCCACCCAGGAUAUGUUGCUGCACAGCGGAGGACCUCAAAGUGUGACGGUGUCACUGCUGAUGGUCAUCUCCAUCUUCACACUCCUCUAACACCUUAAUCCAGGGGUCUCAAACAUGCGGCCCGCGGGCCAAAUGUGGCCCACAGGACACUAGUUUGAGGCCCACGCCUUGAUAUGAAAGUUUAAUGUUAGUGUGGCCCGCGCAAGUUUGAUAUGGAUGCUGUAUGGUAUCGUGUACCCAGAAAAAAUAAUUACGUUUGAUUAAUGUUCAUGUUAAAGGUUAAAUAACUGUUAAUAGUUAUCCUCCCUAUCCGUGUGGAAGUGGUAAGUUUUUGGCUAUUUAGUUUAAAGGAAAUAACUUGAAAGCUACCGUUUAGGUCGCUAGCUCUCUAGUUUGCGAGUUAGCAUGUGUCCC